GGUGUGGACUUUUAUGGCAUGCAAUUUCAUUGCAAGGACGACAUUUGAUCUGAUCGGUUCGCUGCUAAUCCGUCUAGGUAAAGUCGAGAGUUUUUUUUUUUUCGGAGUAUUUAGGGGAUGCUUUUUUUUUAUUCCUGAAGAACCUGUUUUGUGUGCGGGAGUGAGUCCUACCCGCGUCACCCAAUGAUCUGCGCGUGUAGUAAAUACUAUCAGCUAACACGUCAUUUACAUACAACAGCAAAGCACGGACCAGAAAGAGAGAUAGCAGGGCUGAAAUAAAUAUACCCAAGCGUGACGCCUCUUCGCAGUCAGAAUUGGGGAGAAGGCGGGAGGGAGAGGCGCAGCAAAGCCGUACCAUUCCUGAGAUCGUCUGGAAUUCUGCCACUUAUAAAUGAUUCAUGCGACCUGAUUUUUUUUUUAAAGAGAGUAAUUGUGUUCUCUGUGGGGUGUCAUCAAUUUCUAGCAGGUUUCAAAUCAGUCAAAAGAAGAAGACUGAUUUUAUAAGUGGAAAAUUGGAAGCAGCUCCAAGUCUCCGGCUUUUGACUAGCUUUCUGUCACUGAUCGGGAGGCUAAAUUUCGGAUUCUGGGUUUUCUACUGCUUUGGACUACCGAGCCGCCCUUUCGAUUAUCAUCUGUUGCUACACCGGCAUUGUACAAAAAAAGUGCGUGCGUACAAUAGACUGUCGCGAUGCCUUUGUGCUCCUCUUCUUAGAUGUCUCGGAACAAUGGAUUGGCGAACCUCUUUUUUGAUUUGUUCUCAUGUGGGAGAUUUUUAUUUCUCUUUCGUCUUAAGAUCUGAACGCGACGUGAUCAGGUGGUGUGGUACCUGUCUGCUUUAAGACGUUUUUGGUGAUUCUUCCCCUCUCGCUGCUUAUUAUUCAAGCCCCGGCAUUCGGAAUUUUAUCAGCUUUAAAGGGAUACCAAGUCAGUGAGUGGCAGACAGACGAGCAGACAGACACACGGAUACGGCGUAAGAAGCCACAGUUAAGCGUGCGAUUGGAAGUGGCACCAGGGGGAGGAAAAAAGUGCCAUUCCACAGUGAAAAGAGCGCGAUGGAAGAGGGAGACACGCUGGGACUGGAGGCGCAUCAGGUUGACAUCGAUCCGGAUUUCGAGCCCCAGAGCCGGCCGCGCUCAUGCACCUGGCCGCUUCCUCGUCCCGACGAUUUCUCCGGAGGCGAGGAGAAAAAUGCCGUGGCCUCCUCGGGAAGGAAGGACUCUGGCCACCCGGGAGAGGCGCAUGCCCGCGGAUUGGAAAUGAACGGCGGAGGGGAACACAAGCGGCUAGCCGGCGCCCUGCCAUCUCCAGCUGCAGGAGCAUCGCUCGAUGUGGUGGGACAGCUCCGCAAAGCCAAGUCCUCCCGGCGCAACGCGUGGGGCAACCAGUCGUACGCGGACCUCAUCACCCGAGCCAUCGAGAGCACACCAGACAAGCGGCUCACCCUGUCGCAGAUUUACGACUGGAUGGUUCGUUACGUCCCAUAUUUCAAAGACAAAGGCGACAGCAACAGCUCCGCGGGCUGGAAGAACUCCAUUCGACACAACCUCUCCCUUCACACCCGCUUCAUCCGGGUCCAGAAUGAGGGCACAGGAAAGAGCUCCUGGUGGAUGUUGAAUCCUGAUGGGGGAAAGUCGGGCAAGGCCCCCCGCCGCAGGGCGGUCUCCAUGGAUAACAACAGCAAGUAUCUGAAGAGCAAAGGCCGGGCGAGCAAGAAAAAAGCAGCGGCUGCCGUCGCUGCCAUGCAGGCCGCACAAGACCCCUCUGAGGGCAGCUCUCCGGGAAGUAAGUGGAGCCCCAGUGGGAGUGGGAGUGGAGGCGGCGGGGAAGAGUUUGACAACUGGACAGACAUCCGCUCGCGGGCCAACUCCUCAGCGUCCACCCUGAGUAACCGGCUGUCCCCCAUCAUCGCCAACGACGAGCUGGAUGAGAUGGAACCCGAGGAGGGUCCGUCGUGCUCCACGUCCCCCCGGAUGUACCCGAGUCCUUCCAACACCCUGUCGCCGGCCGUUAGCAUAGGCGGCCAUUGCUCCGUGGAGCUUCCGCAACUCACUGACCUUACGGGGGCCAUCAAUUUAAAUGAGAGCCUCAGCAACGGUCUCCUGGAGGAAAUGCAACAGCAGCAGCAGCAGCAUCAUCAGGAUGGCUACCACUCGCCUCAUCAGCAGAUUCCCCCAAUCAAGGCACGAAAUGCCGGGUUCUCGUUCAGCUCCAAGUGUUCCGUGGCCCCUCCGGCCUCAGCGGGCAAUUACUGCAGCACCAUCUACAGCCAGUCCAGCCACGGGAGCCUCCGUCACCACUCGCCCAUGCAGACCAUCCAAGAGAACAAGCCCACCACCUUCCAAACGACUCCGGCCAGAAUCCCCGUCAGCCAUUAUUCCAACCCUGCUUCCCUGCAGGACCUCCUGACCUCCACCUCCACAUACAGGUCGUCCAAAGAUCUCCUGUUGAGCCAGGAAGCAGACUCCAUGAUGGUGCGACCUAACCAGGUGGUGGCGACGUCGCUCUCUCACUCUCACUCUCUGCCCCUUCCGCAUCGUCAAAGCUGCAGUAGUGGCGCAAGGGGGGUCAACAGUGUGGGACUCAUGCCAGCCUAUGGAAAUUCUCUCAAGGUGGAUAGCUUGUACCAUCCCUCUCACCCAUCCAGCCACGGACACCUUCCGGCUUCAACCGCUCUGCCACCGAACCCCGCCGGUCUGCUGGGUGCCCCGCCAGACACAUGCCAUGUGGCCGCCGCACCCCACCCGCGACACCACCCUGCUCAGCCCUAUCCUAAUCACGGGCAUCAUCAGGCCUUGCCAGAUUCCAUGCACGGGCCUUACCACCCGCACCCUCACAAUCAUCACCUUCACCCGCAUCACGGGAGCUACCACUACCACAACCACCUCCACCACCACUACUCGUACGAGCGCCUGCCAGCAGACUUGGACCUCGACAUGUUCCACGGCAGCCUGGACUGUGAUGUCGAAUCCAUCAUCCUCAACGAUUUCAUGGACUCCUCAGAGGAACUUGACUUCAAUUUUGACUGCGCGCUGCCACAGGGGAAUAUGGCAGCCGUGCUGGGCAUGGGGAGCCUCCCGGGGCCACCACAAACCCACAACAACCAGAGCUGGGUGCCAGGAUGAAGAGGUCCAAGAGGCAGUGCCAUCCCAUCCCCAAACCCCCCGACCACCCCCCUCCCCCAUCUCCAACAGCACAACUCGCCAAGGCCACCCGAUGACCAGCUCAUGCCUAGACGUGGGGUGAUUGACCGACUGGGCAGGACGUGCCAGCCUGAACAUAUUUAUUCUGUGUGAAAGACUCAUAGGUGGAAAUGUCGACUUUUGUUGGGUUUUGUUUCCAGUCCAUAUCUCGGUCUCGACUGAGACUUUCUCGAACUGUGUUGAUCCAGAGUGUGUAUCCAAAGUCCUCGGAUGUUGAUUAUUCUUUUUGGUUUUUUCUUAUUUUUUUUGUUUUUUUUCUUCUCAUGAGUACCCGUAUCCUCUUUUUAAAAGCCCACUAGACUGCCAUGACUUACCGGGCAGUGUCUUCUGCUGCUAAGGAACAACAGUUUGGGGGGGGGUUCCCCCCAUUCCUUCUCUGAAAAUACAAUGUCUGAAUGUGAGACCCCCCACCAUGUGCUGAUGGGUUUCAUCCGAUUUUCGUUGUGCUCUUGUGAAACCUAAGGUGUGCCAAUGUCUUCUAUGGGUUCUGUCUGUUGGUUCUUUGCCCCUGAGCUGAAUGCUCCUCUUGCUUAGCGAUGCCCACCUUAGGUCAUGCUGCCCUAACUACGCAUUUGGAGGAAACGAUUCGAACGAACGCACAAGUGUGGAUUCCAAUGCUGGGCAUGUGAUGCGUUUGAGCUCAAGGUUUUCUAUGCGAGGGGCACAAAGCAAAGUGUCGUGAAAGUCCUUCCAUGCAUCCACAACCUUGCCAGACCAUCAGACGGUUUUCAGAUUGCUUGGAAGCCAAAGCCCAUGUCAGCAGCAUCGACCACAACAUCCUGAACUCACGAUGGCACAAAGACGGGGGUCUUGGGCUGAGUGAGCACAGGUGGGGCUGCUGGCAUAGACUCUGGCCACCCGCCACCCUUGAGUGGACCAAGCAGGUUGGAGAUGGAUGGAUGGACAGGCAGAGAGAGAUAGGGAGGCAAGUCAAGGAAGAAAUGUUGGAGUGUUGCUAUCAGAAGUAAACUGAGUGACCCUCCCGCUGCUUUUGUAUGCCCUCACUUUGACCCGCUGAUGCUCAUGGAGUGAAUGCCCACCCGGAGCCAUCGUCAUCACACACACACACAUUUAUGAGGUCGAUGACAAUCACGCUGUGCCUACGCUAUCCACUACAGUUCAAGUCGAUUAGGGGUCUUCACUCAGUGCCCAGAUCAGAAUGAAGGGUGGGCCAAGGCUCAUUCCGAAGUUCUGAGGUGUUGGAGUUUAUGCCUGGCACAUACAUGGGCCACAUCCAAGGAGGGUGAGCAAUGUGGUGCAAUGCACUCCACCCAUUGGACCACAGACUUGCUUUGGGAUUAUAUGGCAGGACCCAGCCCUGGACACGGGGGGGUCGGUGGGCACACUUACACUAACACUCACUCACUUACUCAUACAUGGAGUGACCAGUUACCAUGAAGUGCACAUCUUUGAGACUUGGGGGGCUACCAUAAGUGAAGAAGCUGGCGAGAACACGUCAGCAGCACACAGAUGUUGAGUGGAACUUUAAUGAUAAGAAGGACAUUGGGAAAUCAUUCAGAUUGACGCUGUCAACAAACACCCACCCAUCUUCAGGUCAUGUAGCGCCUUACACAGUGCGCUCCAUGGAUAGCAACCUUACAAAGCAGAACAAAUACAAAAGGCUAAGAGCGCAAGACAGAAAGUCAGUGGGGGUCUAAACACCCCCAAGACUUGGAGGGAGUGAAGUGUUCAUAAAGGUAAAGCUGAAUAGCCCCCUAGACAGAUCAGAAGGGUGAAAAUGUCUCAUGUGUCAACACUAGGGGGUGCCAUUGGCUGCCGUGUAUGUUUAUAAGGGGAAGUGGACAAAUUUAUAUAAAUAUCUGAAAAGAAAAGAAAAUUAUUGAGGGCUCUGUAAAAGAAUCUGGCGGCGUGAGCCGUGACAUCGGGGGUCUCCCUGACUCAGACAGAGGAGCUCCUUGCUGCCCUCUAGUGGCUGACAAUGGCAUUUUCUAUUACAUUGACUUGGGCCCCAGUGGUCACUCAAGAUGAGUUUAGAAUUCAGCAAGAGAAACAGUGGACACCUAAAGACCCCCCCCCACCCCCAAAUCCUGGCAAUGUUACCCACAAUUAGCCGCUAGCGACGUGGCCCCCCUCCAGAAGGUGUGUGUGUUUCUUCUGGAAGUCAAGCAGGUAGUCUGGUGACCAGCCAAGGUCACAAUUCCUGGCCGAAGGGAUCAAGUGUGUGGAUAGGAGGCCCCCUUAGAGAAUCAGCGAGACACUACUUCUGUCCAUUUUCACCCCUCGCUCAUGUAUGGCUGCCUGUCUCUUCCAAAUAAACAGGACGUACAGUAGAUGUGGCCUGGGCUCGUAUUACAGCAGGUUAACGGGCUUCUCACUCAUUGGCCUGACGUCGACAGGGGAGAAGGACUCUUUGAAGCUUUCAUAUUUGAAAGACAAACACCACAAAUCACGACUUGAGGAACACAUGGAUGGCACAUUUCAUCAUUCGACGCUGGCACUUUAGACGACAAGGCAGGACCAACAGCUGCCCUGAUAGUGACGCACAUCCCCUGCUCUCAUAGGUAAAGCUGAGGACAUCUGCUUCUGGGUAAAAAGAACAUAACCUGCGCAUUUGUGCAGCAUCUUCCUUGGUGUCUUACAAUCAGUGUACACACUGAGCAGGUGAGACCACUGGAGUUGAGCAGCAGGACUCUAGCGUGAGAUAAGCCGGUGACGUGGUGACAAUUAGGCCUUCUUUAUCCUCCUCCUCCUCCUCAGCCAGCUGGUCCCACAGCACAGUUCAUGCUAUACAAACACGUACGUACAGUAUAUCACGUCCUCCUGUCGCCGAGACAGAACGUCCUCAGCUUUACUGUUCCAAGUGUGGGAGGGAGUCAUGGAUGCAGUACUGUGAGAGCGUAACUAACGUCAGAGGCGAGGCAGGCCCAGUGUGGGCCCUCAGAAGGGAUGGACAGAACUCCGGAUGAAAGGGACUGCAUAACGACAGAAUUGAAAUAAUAUAACUAAAAUACUAGAACUGCAGAGAAACAGACACGGACUCAGGGAGAACACGCAGAGGGCACAGACCUGGCAUUUGUACCCAGGGAGCUGCGAGGCAAGAGUGAUAAACACAAUCAAAGUACCCCUCAAAAAAAGAGAAUAAUCAGCUUGAUUUGAAUAAUUAUAUACUAGAUACUGUAACUACAGAAAGGGACCUGACUUUGGGAGGGCAGCAGUCAGAAGGGGCUGAAGAAAAACUUAAAGCACCCAACCUUACUGGCCUUACUGAAAAAACGGGGGGAUAUGGGGGUCUGUGUAAACAAUAGAAACAAAAUCCUGCUGCAGGACAGACUGUAAAUUAUGAAGCCUAUUAAUGUAAGCAUUUACAACAUCCAUAAAAAAAAAAAAUACAAAAAUGGAUAUGUAUGUCGAAGGCACACGCUGCCAGGCACUGCGGGUAGAGGGCGGGGGGCACACAGGAGCUUGUGCUCAAUACUUGAAAUGUCAUAAUGGUGCUCUUAGUGAACAGUAAAUUACAGGUUUUUUUACAUUUAAUUAAUCAUAUUAUCUUCCCUGGCAUAUUUAUCUCAAUUUAUAUUAUAUAUACAUAUAUAUUUAUAU